GACCGGGACUUAACAUUAAUUUCCUUACUGCUUAAGUUUUUUUAUGUGCAACGGCCCUAAUUCUUAAAUCUAAAAAAAAUAGAAAUGUCCCUAAUCAUAGUGAAAUUUUGUUUUUUUCCUUUUUCACACUUCCAUCAUGAUUUUCGAUUUUCGUCGAUAGGCGGCGUGUGAUUGAAUUAGAUUGACAGCCCUGCUCGCAGUUCACUUAUGCUCCCAUUCAAAUUGAAUUGAACGAAAUCCGUUACUGUGAGAGGUGUGGUGAUCAUUUCCUGAUCGCGGUUUUAACUCGAGAAGUGUGAAUUAAAAGCUAAGCUAAAAAUGAGCGUAUAAUGUACGAUUUUAUCAAAGGAUUAUACGGAAUGAACGGGUCUUACCCUGCGACACAGCCUGAAACCGGGAAGCCGGACAGGCUUCGUUAUACCAUGUUACUCGCCCCAUUCCAGCCGGCGACCAGAAUUGAAUUGGAGACUAAAAUAAACACCAAUAUAGAAUGCUAUCUUGAUAUAAAAAAUACUGGUGAUAGGACAUUAAAUGUGUUUGUAACUAAGUUGCCAGUUAUGGAACGUCAGAUUGUUUUAAACUUGUCAGAAUUGGAAAUUCAAGGGAAUAGCAAUGGAACGAUAUAUAUCCAAUGGAUGCCAAGAGAAGCAGGAUCUUGGAGAGAUGUGCUACAACUUACCGAUAAUAGACGAAUCAAGUAUGACAUUAUCAUAGCGACAACUGCUAAAGAUGAUAAGAAAAACAAUAAGACAAGAAGAAGGUUGCUGAAACCUACUCUAUCAACAAAGUCAUCAAAUCUUCCUACAUCAGUGACAAAUAAACAACUCAAUCAAUAUAAUACAUUGAAAGUUCCAAUUAUUAGUCAGCUUUUGGUUACCAAUGAUCUUGAUGCACAAGCAAAACAAUGCAAAUUUAGAGAUAAAAAUAAUCUAGAUAAAGAGAAUAUUUUGAAUAAAAAUGAAACAAAGACUUAUGCAUUGCAAGAAAAAGAUGAUAAAAUCAAUGGGAUACAUCAUAACAAACAUAAUAAAUUAGAAAAUGUUUUGUGCGAGCAAAAUAUGAAUGUAUGGAACGAUGGUAAUAUUCUUCCACAAAUCUUGCUUCCUUUAAAUGAGCCACAAGACAUACGUAGAGCCACCUACAUUAAAGAAGGAAAGUCUUGUAGCAAUACAUUGUACGAGCAUAAUGAAGAAGUUAGCGAAAAUACAAAGUGCGACAAGGGUCAGUCAGAUUUUUCUAUAUUGUUAAAUAAAUUUACAUUUACGCCAGCGGAUAUAAUUUCAAGUUCUCCAGAACGGACGGGAAGAGAGUCGACAGAAGCUACAAGUUUACGAAGCAUAGAUAAAUAUAGUACAUUCACUAUUAGUCGCGGUCAGUUCUUUGAAACAUCCGCGACUGAUGACGCUAAGACUUCUGUAAUUGCAACACCUGUAUCACAGUCAGUAGGCUUGCAUAACUUAUCACCAAUUAAAUCUGAUGGAUGUUCCCUCGUAGCAAAUAUCAAGGAUUUAAUUUCAUCGUCGCCGAUUCAAUUUCAACAUCACGUUAUACCGAAAAGUCCUAGCGAAUAUAUAAAACAUUUCACAGUAGAUAUAAAUCCAAGUAUCCAAACCACCAAUUGUGAAUAUUUCAGUUUUGAGAUUAUUCCUAAGAAUGUUGAAGUAGCCAAAAAGUCAGGAGAUAUGUACAUUGAGAUUUCUCCGCCGAGAAAGCACUUCCAGUCCAAGUCUAUGGUCUCUAUGUCUAUAUCGAAGUUGAAUAGUACGAGAACCGGCAGAGUUACAAAAAAUAAUACUGUGUCUGAUGGAGGAAACAGAAAGAAGUUACAAUUGAGUGUCUCUGCUACAAAGAAGAACACGAGCAACAAGAAUGUUGCAGCAAUUAAGAUAAACAAAUUAUCUCUCAGUGCUUUGCAUAACACAAAAUGGCGUACUCCAUCCAAAAAUUCAAAUUUUAAAAUGCGAAAUAAAGAAUCCUUCAUCUAUGAGACAUAUGAAUUGGAUCCCUUUGCACCAUCUACAACAGAGGAUCCAUUUCUUAAAAACACGAUGCAUUUCGAUGAAUUGUGGUUGUUGCAACAAGAAUUGGCGUUUACAAAAUGGUUGAAUGCUUUAUUAUCUUCGCCAGAAGAUUUGUCCGUCGACAUUGAAACUGCUGUAACAGAUAUUGGUAAAGUGUGGCAAACAUGCAAAGCCCAAAAAAACACUGUAUUGGCUGAAACCAAAGAGGCUGUAUCUGCUAGAUAUCAUACGAGUGCACGAUUAAAUACGUUACGAAAAGCGGCAAGUGCUAUGUUCAAGCGUGACGAAGUCACGCAAAUUCUCUCACGUACCAGCAUAUACAUUGCCAAAGGAACCUUGUGUAUUAGAUCGGAUCGUAAUCUACAUCGUGAUAUUGGUUUACAAAAGCUCAUAUUAAGUUUAUUCCUGAGUUACAAUCCCCUGUGGUUACGUAUUGGCUUAGAAACCGUUUAUGGAGAGAAUAUUCCGCUACGCUCAAACAAUGAUAUCGUUGGUUUGACUCGUUUCCUAUUAACGAGAUUCUUUUCGGAUCCACGACUGACAAAGAUGCCUGGUUAUCAUAAAACCGACCCGAAUAAAAAAUUUGUCAUUCAACUGAAUCAGUUCGUUUUGAAGAAAUUCUUGUUUCUAGUAUAUUUCCUGGAUUAUGCAAAGCAGCAUAAACUAAUUGGCCAUGAUCCAUGUCUGUUUCACAAACGCGCUCAGCAUAAGGAAAGUCGUGAGAUCUUGCUGAGUUUCUCGCGCGAAGUCCUAAGCGGCAUUGGCGAUGUAACCAGAGUGUUGCGUGGCCACGAUUACAUGCUCACCCAUCGGCAGACCUACAUCGAGGAAUAUGAUUACGCGGUAACGAAUAUACGAUGCGAUCUACGUGAUGGGGUGCGAUUAUGUCGUGCGAUGGAACUCAUCACCGGCACCCCAGGACUGACCCAACGUUGCCGGGUACCGGCAAUAUCGCGUCUGCAGAAGGUGCACAACGUGGAUGUCGCGUUGAAUGCCUUGCGCCAGGCCGGUUAUGUCCUUGAGGGCGACAUAGACGCGAAGAGCAUUGCCGAUGGUCACUGCGAGAAGACUCUGUCGCUGCUCUGGCAGAUAAUCCACAAGUAUCAGGCGCCGCGGUUCGACCGAUCGGCUCGCGUGAUCCAGAGAUGGUGGCGAGCACAACUCUGGUAUAUUUACGUAAGGAACUUCUUGUGCACACGUAGAAAUCUGGCUGCAAUAAUAAUACAACGCAUGUGGAGGCGCAAAACGAUGCAGUCUCCGCAUGUGAUCGAGAUUGACAAUAAUUUGGAGGAGCGUAGAAGAUUUUUAUAUAUCAGAAGAACCGUAAUAAAACUUCAGAAAUGGUGGAAGCAGGUACGAGAAAACACGGAGAAGCUACAGAAGCUAAGAAACAGGCGCCAAGCGGUGAUUAUGUUACAAAGAAGAUGGAGAACCAUGCAGCUGAUGAGAGUGCAACGAAAUCAGUAUUGCAAUCUGAGGAAUGCUGCAUUGACAAUUCAAACUCGUUGGAGAGCAAUACGGAUGAUGAAAUUACAACGUUCUGAAUACCUCGCGUGUAGAGAUGCCGCCGUGAAAGUGCAAAAUUGGUGGAGAUUUAUGAAAGUUGUGCGAGAACAGCGCAAACGGUUCCUCCGUAGCAGAAAAAGUGCUUGUAUUAUUCAAGUUUGGUGGAGGCAAUAUCUGGUAAUGCGAAGAGCUCGUAAUGAUUUCCUGUUGACAAAAGCUGCCAUACAGAGUAUCGAGAGGUGGUGGAUAAGUGUAAUCGACAGAAAAAAAUUCCUCUUAUAUCGAAAGAGUACUAUUCUCAUUCAGAGAACGUGGAGGAAAUAUCAGGCACGCAAGCGAGAAAUUGUUUGCAUGAAAAUACAAGCAUGGUGGAGAGCCAAGAUAUGCUCACGCAAAUAUAGACUUCAAAAAUCUUGUUGUCUGAAAUUACAACGUUGGUGGCGUGGAAUCAAGCUUACAAAACACCAACGCACGGAAUUCUUGCAAUUGCGAGAGGCAGCGUUGAUUGUACAGAAGAAUUGGCGGAUGAGAACGAUCAGGAGAUAUUACUUGAAGCAACAGCGAGCAGCUUUGCUGAUACAAUCGUGGUACCGCCGUGCGAAUUCAGCGAAGACCGUACGACAAAGUUACUUGAAGACGCGAGACGCCGCGAUACGAAUACAAAAUUGGUGGCGCAACAUUAUGAUGGCCCAUCGGGAACAUAGAGAAUAUUUGCGGCUUCGCGAAAACAUUGUUUUUCUACAAACUUACUGGCGUCGACAUGUUUUAGCUCGAACGGAUCGCCAACGAUAUUUGACAAAGAGAAAAGCAUGCAUCACUCUGCAGUCUUGGUGGCGAAUGUACAGAACGAAAAACGAGUAUAAACGGUACAAGAUCUGCGUGUUGAAGAUGCAAAAAAGAUGGCGUGCGAACAGAGCUGCUCGCGUUGCGAGGAGAGAAUACCUGUUGACUCGGGCCGCUAUUGUCGUGCAAGCACGUUGGAGAACUUUAGCAGCGAGGAAGCGAUUUGUCGCGUUACGCCAGGCUGCGAUAGUCAUUCAAUCAUAUUACAGAGGGAGAAUCGCGAUGCAGAGAUACGAAACCAGCAAAUACGCCGCGUUAAUCAUACAGACCUAUUGGCGAGCUUACGUUGUUGGUAGAUGCGAGAGAUUGCGUUACCUGUCUCUGCGCCAGGCCGCGAUUACGUUGCAGCGUCGUUACAGACGGAACAAAAUGAAAGAUCUGCGCCAGCAACAGCAAGACGAGAUUGCCUUGAUCGCCACAAAAAUUCGAGACGAAUGCGGAGAAGCUAUCUCUGUAGAUCAGGACGUUACUACAAGCCUCGCGUUUCCAGGCAGCGACUACUGGCAAGAGAUGAUCAGUGUGCUACGUAAUUGCAGCAGCGUCGGCACGCUGCUAACUUGCCUGAACAGCUUAGAUACCAUAACAAUAUUGUCGCCGACUGUUUGCGUCAUCCUCUGCAAACUUGACGUAACAAACGACAUUUAUAAUACGAUAGCGCAAAAUAACAGAUCGCUACCAUGGAUGAAGAUCUGUUUGCGAGCAUGCAGCAUUUUGAUCACCUUGGCAAAGUAUUCCUAUACAAGAAAAUAUGUUCUCAAGAAAGAGUAUGCCCUGGCAUUAGUGAAACUUCUGAACGGAUCAUUGAAAAACAAGGAAGUAUUUCUGUAUUGUGCCACUUUGAUAUGGCUACUUAAUCAAGAUGAAGAUUACUCAAAGACUACAACAACAUGUCCGCAAAUUAAAUGGCUAAUGAAAAACAUUCAACAAAAAGUUUUGAAAGAUACUACUAUAACAAAACUUCAAAAAUCGAAAAACUUGGAAAAGUUAUAUCCUAGUUGUGAACCUGACCGAAACAACGGACAAAAGUCGCGCCUGUUUACCGACAUGAGUUUCGCUGUGGCAGCUAUUAAAAAAACUUUCACGUGAUAUUAAUUCAUAAGAUUGGUAAACAUUGUUUAAGUUUAUUAACAUUGUUUAAAUUAUUUUUAUAUCGC